UCGCGAAAGUUGGAUGGCUAUUGUUCCUAAGAUUAUCACAUUGGCUAAGAGUAGUUCUUCUGCUUCAGUAAUAAAAGUUUUACGAUACUACGCGUCACUCAAGAAUUUUGAGACAUGUUUCGAUAAAAAAUGUUGUGCAGCGCUCGAAUUGUUGUGUUUGUUAACUACCGUAAGCAAAAGAUCGGCAGAAAGUAGAAGAUGUAUUAUAGACAUACAGGAGGAUUGUGCCGAUAUGAGGUCGUAUAUUAGAAAACUACCCGCUUCAAGAUUGACUCCAUUUUUACUUAAGAUCAGUGAAUGUUACACCAUAGUUGUUGAUAAAGAAGCCUUGACACAAUCGUCUAACUCGUGCAUGGAAGCAAUUGUUCUCCUUCUUUCUGUGUAUUAUGUGUUCCAUAUAGGUUGGUGCAAAGCCACCAUAUUGACUCUUUUAUUCAUGCAAACCGAAAUGUUAAAACUGUCGUUAGAUGAUGAAGACAUUCAUUAUGGUUCCGUUUCUAUUUUUACGAAUGCUCUGGAUGCCAUUCACGAAGAGCAAGAAUAAUUUGUUUCAAAUUAUCCUUUACAUUUUAGUAAUAUCCCUGUUUUAAACCAAGACGAUUUACGCAUUGUCCUACCAUUUAAUUUUUUUUUGUUUUCGCA